UUAUAUAUAAACAUUUAUAUAUAAAACUUCUACAUCUAGUGAAGUAUAUUUUGAUAUGUUUGUACCAGUUUAAUAAUUGCCGGCAAUUGGUUCGAUUUGGAGUGAAGAUGUGUGGGAGAACUUGCUUAACUUUGGAUCCUAAUCAAAUAAUUUGUGCGUGUAAGUACAAAACAACGAAGUCAGUUGAUAAAACUAACUGUAAAACUAAAGAGCAAGAAGCAAACACAAAGCAGAUAAAAGAAACUGACUCAAGUUAUCUGUCUCCAGAAUGGCGUCCAGAGUUUAAUUGUGGGAGAAAAUUCAUUUCUUCAUACAAUGUAGCGCCGACAGAUAUAACGCCAGUACUUGUGUCCACAGAUCACUUCUCAGAAGAUAACAAUGGCGACUAUCAGUCUCGUGUCCUUGUGCCGAUGAUGUGGGGUAUGAUACCCUUUUGGCAUAAAGGUGAUUACCGCAAGCAUGGGCUCUCUACGAACAAUUGUAGAUUAGAACACAUGUUAAGUUCUAAACUUUAUAGAGGUCCUUUUCGGCGUGGCCAACGUUGUGUCGUUCUGUGUGAAGGUUUCUACGAAUGGCAAACAACAAAAACUACAAAACCUUCAGAGCGUGCUGCUUUUUUAAUUCACAUGCCACAGAAGGAAGGUAUUAUCAUAUAUGACAAAACUACUUGGAUAGAAAAUAUAAACCUACUAAAAAUGGCUGGACUUUUUGAUGUAUGGGAGGACGAUAAUGGCGAUAAAAUUUAUAGUUACAGCGUAAUUACUUUUGAAUCUUCAAGUAAAUUUAAUUGGAUGCAUCACCGUAUGCCCGCUAUAUUAGAAAAUGAACAGCAAAUAAAUGACUGGUUAGAUUUCAAGCGUGUAACAGAUGAGCAGGCGCUGAACACACUUCAACCAGCUAAGGAAAUUAUUUGGUAUCAAGUAUCCAAUUUAGUUAAUAACUCGCGAAAUAAAUCUGAUCAAUGUAACAAACCUAUUGAUUUAGCUCAGAAACAAAAAUUGCCUGCUCCAUCUAGUAAUAAAACAUUACUUUCUUGGCUUAAUGUUCGCAAAAGACGCGAAGAUUGUUUAGCAAGUGAAAAUGAAGAAAAGGAAUCAAAUGAUUCGGAAGAUGAAGGUAAAGAAAUUCAAAUGCCUAAACGACAAAAAUUUUCGGAUUACAAGAAAACUUUAACGAAAGUCGAUUUAUUCACCGAUGAUGAAAAAAAAGAUGUGUGCGAUGAGAACUCAGCCAAAGCGGAAAACAACAAAUAAAAAAAUUUCAUAAUGUCAAAAAUAAUACUAAGUUAAGUUUAAACUUAAAUUUUUUUUACUAAUUUAAGUUAAAAUAAUUUGUAUGAUACACGCGGUACAGUAUACCGUAUUAUAUAAAAGUAUAUAUAAAAGUAUUUAAUUUUAAUAUAGUUUAUACCAUCCAGUCAUCCGUAAAAGAAUAUAUAUAUCUUAAAUUUCUGUUGUCAAACAGUUAACAUAAGAUUUGAUGAGAUCAUCACAACGGUAUAUAAUAAAUCUCCUUUGUUUAAUACGGUAUUUAAUACGGAUCAGAAAAUUUCUAUAUUCAAGCUUGUUUAUUUUCUACUUUUUUUUAAUGAAUAAUGACAAUAAGAAAAGGAAGUAAUGUGUA